UAUAACUAAAUACGCGCAAUCGCCGGACACAGUUAUGCGCUUGACUCGACGUAAAUUUCGCAGUUUCAAUUCAAUUAAAUCAAAGAAACACUGGCUAAACUAAAACUAUAGUUCGCUGAACACAUCAAAUCCAUCUGCCUUUACGUAAGAAUAACAAAAGUGCGCAGUGUGAAAACAAAAAAAAAAAACUUGUAAUUGAACAUUCAGCGUUGUUGGCUAAAAAGCAGACGCACGAGAAAUACCAAGAACAAACAUACUCUUGUACAUGCAUACUCAUAUGUAUAAGUAUAAAUAAAUAAGUAUAUGUGCGUAUGUAUAUGUAUACAUAAGCGGCAAGCAACUAACAAUUGACAUUGUGGCCACCACCUGUUUGUUUAUGACGGCGGCUAAAACUUAAUAUAUUAAAAAAAUCAAAUCACUCGCACACGCAAUAGUUAAUAAGCCCGCAUGCAUGUGUCAUAUAUAUACAUAUGUAUAUUUGUUGUUGCUGCUGUUGAUAAUAAAAUUUAGUAAUAGUGUAACUCAUGCAAAUGCAUGUGCAUAACCCUAUGCGCAGUUAAAUAGCAAAAUAAAAGAAGAGGAAGCGUCUAACCUACUCGCUGGUCGCGUGUCUAAUUUACAUCAUCUUAUUUAUGGCUUCAAAUGCGCAGCUCGGAAAAAUCAUUUUGUUAAUCGCGAUUGCCGUAUUUUUCUACUACUUCUUUUGGGUGGCAAUACUGCCGUUUAUGAUACUCGAUGAAGGUAAUCCCAUAUUGUCGCUGUUUCCGCCGCUGAAAUACGCAUUUAUCGUGCCGACUGUAUUCGGGGUCAUCUGCCUGGGCGGCAUUGCCGUAUUCAGCUUCUAUCACAUUUGGAGCAUUACGGCACAAUCGAAGCGAGCCUAAAGAUCAGACCC